UAAGGAACAUAGAUGAUCCCAAUGUGUGAAAUACGUUCCUUAAACUGUCCAAUUAGUUUAAUUUUACAGUUGUUGGAUAUGGAUAUGAUAUGCUUCAACAUAAUCCAAAAGUGGGAAAUGUGGCAUUAUAAUCACCAUAUACGAUCAUUUUGUUACCAAACUCCUUCUUUCAGUGGCCGAACUACAACACAGAAUAAUCUUUUUAUUUAUUUAUUUUACGACUGGAUCAGUAAAGAGCUAUUUCCGUAUAUUGUCCACUAACAAUGUCCCUGUUUGGCCUGUGAGCCGUCUGUUAAUAACGACACAAUUUCCGACACGCCCUGAAUGCAGCAUUGCAGCAGGCGAUAAUUGAAACAGAAAGUGCACUCAUACAGGAGACAGACACCCUGUCUUUAUGCGUCCAUUAGAGAGAGAUUACAGAGAAAAUAACUUGUAUAAUAAACUGCGGGAAUGUCUAUUGAAGUGUGAAUCUUACAAAGCUGACAGCAGUGAAGACGUGGACUGGAGUCGAGUGGAGUUAAAGAGAAACUAAUAUGAAUGUACUGAAAAGAGCUCCCUCCACUCCAGUUAAAUACAAUGGCUUGUUAAACCAAGGAGCAACUUGUUACUUGAACAGUGUGCUGCAGGUGAUGUUCAUGACCAAAGACUUCACAGAGGCUGUGGAAAGGUACACCAGUGAAAAUCCUGACAAUGAGUUUAUGGAUCUUCCUCUUAAAGAGUUGUUUGAUGAUUUAAAAGGACAUAGAACCUACACCUAUAAAAUCACGAAGAAGCUGGGCAUCGAGAGAGUGUAUGAACAGCAAGAUGCUGCUGAGUACUUUGAGAAGAUUUUAAAUCUGACCAGUUCUGAGGCAUCACAGAUCUUUCACGGACUGUUGACACACAGGACCAAAUGUUCUACAUGUUGUACAGAGACUGACACUGAUGGGGCAUUUUGGCAUCUUCCUCUUGCAUUGGUGAAUUCCAACAGUGAACACUACAGUGUGGUGGAUGGCAUUGAAGAGUAUUUCAGAACCACAGAGUUCAGUGGAGAAAACCAGAUGUACUGUGAGCACUGUGAUGAUAAAUCUGAUGCUACUACUCAAUCUGUAAUAAAGCGUCAUCCAGAGGUUUUGAUGCUGCUGUUGAAGAGGUUUGAGUUUGACUACAGCUACAUGACAUAUAUCAAAAUCAACUGCAUUGUGGAUGUUCCCUGCACUUUACAGAUACCAGAGAAUCAGACAUAUGAACUGUACGCAGUUGUGGAUCAUUUUGGAGAUCAUAGAAGUGGACAUUACACUGCAACAAUCAAGGAUGAUGAGAGAUGGUAUAAAUUCGAUGAUACCAGAGUCUCAUUGUCUGAUUAUCAGCCAUUCCAGGUGGACAACUUGGAGACAUCCAGCAGUGCUUAUCUUCUGUUUUAUAGGAGAAGGAAAGUGCAUGCUGCAGAUACUUGUACUCAAGACAUCAGGGAGGUGUCUCCUCCUGGAGCUUUCCCAUCUGAUAUAGUUGAUAUCUAUGACCAAAGUCAAGAUGUAAAGAAGAGAAGGAUAGAGGGGACUGAGAUGGCAGCAGAAGCGGGUAAUGACACUGCAGAGGCUGUUUCCUUCAACAGAAAUGAAGAAACAGAAAUUAAAGAUGGUGUUGGGUCUAGAGGAGUGGAGCUACCACCUGGGUCCUGCGUUAAUGUGGCAGAGAAUGGAGUUCAUAAGGGGCAGAGCAUACCAUGCAGCCAGGACUAUAAAGAGGAAAGAAAUUAUCAGAGUUAUUCUCAAGAUGCUCAUGACAGAAAACAGAGUGAUGAGGAGAAAAUAAUAAUGCAUGAUAAGGAGGACAUGGGAGGAAAUGCAGAAACCAAUGAGCAGGCAGUAAAAAAGAGAAAAACCUUUUCUAGAGAAACUGAACUUGAAGAGAUUGUUGAGGAUCAGGGCAAUGAUAGUGGAAGACCACAUGAUGUUAGACAGAGGGGACCACAGGAGGGUCUGGAGGGUUGUGACAUACACAACACAUCACAUCACAAUCAGAAGCAGGAACAGGAACUCAGCAACAUGAAUGCGAGAGAAGAAUAUCCUCAACAAGUUUGUGUGCGAGUUGAGGACAUGAUGGAUGUAAACAGAGACAAGGAUGGAAAGAUGUCAGGUGAUGAACAGUCAGGAAGGAGAGACCUCAACAGGGACGUAGAGCAUGUCAGACAGGAAAUCAGUAUAAAAAAUAAAGAUAUUGCUGUAAAGACCAAAGAGCAGGAAGAGACAGGAUAUAACAAACCUAUUCAGGACAGAGCAGACUCUUCUCUUAGACAAAGAGGAUCUGCAGGAAGCAGCAGACUGACUGAGAAUCAGGGAGUUGACAGUGUUGAAGAUGGAGUGGAAGAAAGACGCGGUUCAAAGAAGACAAAAACAUAUCAAGUUAAGAUAAUUGAGGAAGAGAUUAAGGAAACUCCCAGUGGCACUCAAAGAAGCUGUGAAACGAAACACAUUGGAACAGUAGAGGAAACUUCACAACGAGACACUUUGUCAAAGCCUUUUCGCAAAUUAAAACUGAGUGAGUCCCUUUUUCCAGGGCUAAAGAAACGUGGAACCAAAAGAGCCAAAAGAAAUGCAGAAGAGGAGAAUGAGACAGACACUACAAUUUAUUCAACUGCUGGAAAAAAGAAAAAAACUACUGGCUGCAUCCCAGGUUUUCCAGGUUGUAAAAACAAGAACAACUCAGGAUCAGACUCUGACUAAGAUGAAAUACAUACUUUGUCCAGGACAACACAAUAGUUAUUUUUGACUGAGUCAUUAUGAUGAUCCACAAGAUUUCAUUUUUAGGUUUUGAUUGAUGCGUUUUUUUUUUUUUUUGGUUAAUGCAGUUUGAGUGUCUGUUGGAAGCACUCUUUUGUUCCUUCAGUCUGGUUCAAUCUAUUCAACAGAUCACUUUUUCAAAAUGUUGGCGUCACUUCCUGUUUUCCACAGGAUUGUUUCUGUGUAAAGAGCAGCAAAUGUUAAAGAUUUAAGAGAGAGAGGGUUGUUUUAGGUUAAAGUACUGAUUUAUUGUGACAGUCUGUAAUAUGAAGUAAGACAAUAGAAACCUUAAUACAAAUGUAAAGUUAAAGAAACACAAGAUCACAUUUUUGAUGGAUUUGAAAUCACCUUAUAUAAAUUUACAGUUUAUAGAGUUAAAGACGUACCGACCUUUUACAUUUUGUUUUCAAAAUAGAGAUAUAGAGAUAUAUAAAUAGAUGCCGUGUAUGUUGCAUCGACAAGGGAUUGUUGGAGAAUUCUAAUUCAAAUGUAACGAUAUUUUAUUCAAUUUUUGAUUUAAAUUUUGUUUGUUUUAGUGUUUUACUGUAAAAUCAUACAAUUAUUUUCAAUUAAUUAGGUCUAUUAGUCUCAGUGUUGUUUAUCAGAAAGCACUUUCUGUACUUUUACUACUGACUGGUAUCAUAGAUGCUUUAGAUUUUAUGUUUAUCACUUUGAACUGAAAUAUUUAUGUAAUCUGUACAAUUCUGAUGCUGAUUUGAAGAAAUAAAAAACUAAAUAGGGAGAAAAAUGAAACAAAUACUUGGAUGAACACUGUUUCUGUGGAAAGUCAUAAGUUAUUUUAUGUAUGUUGCCUAAAUCACAAAUUUACCUCAAAGGGCUUCACAAUCUGUAUGACAUAUAUGACCUCUCUAUUAUUAAGAAAACUCCCAGAAAUAGUACAAUUACAGGAAACCAAGAUUAAUAAUAUAAUAAUCACCAAAACUGUUACUUUUGUGAGCAGAGUCUGGUAUUGACAGCAGCAAUCUGUGAGACUGUGUUCAGGAUUAUUAGUCACCCUCACUGUUAACUUCCACAUGGUCAGUCUGAUUGUCACAUGUUAUUUUGAAUCCUUGUUCUACCAGUUUAACGUUACCUGGGAACUGAUCUGAGAACACUUUGUACAAAGAAAUACAUAUUUGAGAUAUAAA